GCUUUGUUAGGUUAUGUUCGCUGAUGAUAUCGAAACGAUCGUGCAGUCUGUUGUAACCGGCAAACAAAUACAUUUUAAUGUUUAUAAUCACUCGCAAUACGCUUACCUAAUUAAUAAUUGGUUUUUGAUUUUUGUACCUUAAAACAAACGGAAUCAAAAUGACGAUUGGGAAGAACAAUAAAAUGCUACAGCAUAUAAACUACAGAGUCAGAAUCAUUUUACAAGACUCCAGAACGUUCAUAGGUACAUUCAAAGCUUUUGACAAGCAUAUGAACCUUAUACUUGGGGAUUGCGAAGAAUUUCGUAAAAUUAAACCAAAGAAUACAAAGCAACCGGAGAGAGAAGAUAAACGUGUACUAGGAUUUGUGCUUUUGAGAGGAGAAAAUAUUGUUUCCUUGACGGUAGAGGGUCCUCCACCUCCGGAGGAAGGAUUACCAAGAGUACCUAUUCCUGGUGCUGCACCAGGACCUGGUAUGGGUCGUACAGCUGGUCGCGGUAUGCCUGCUAACGUCGCCGGAGUGCCUGCAGGAUUACAAGGUCCUGUUCGAGGUGUCGGUGGGCCGUCGCAGCAGAUAAUGACACCGGGAGGUAGAGGUCAAGUUUCUGCUCCACCUCAGAUGCAUCCCGGUGGUCCUCCACGCAUGCCAGUCGGAGGUCCUCCACCUGGGAUGAUGGGCCCACCACCAGGAAUGAUGGGUAUGCCACCAGGUAUGCCGCCCAUGGGACGCGGGGGUCCACCAAUGGGCCCACCAGGAAUGAGAGGUCCACCUCCCGGGAUGAUGCGCGGUGGACCACCUCCUCGUCCAUAUUAACAUUUCUUUAAAUAUACUGAUGUAUCGCUGAUGGUAAUAAUAAAAGCUCUUUUGUAUUUGCAA